UUGUAAGUAAAGACUACCAAGUUUUAUCCUGUUACUAUAAAGCAUAAUAUCUCUCAGUUACUAGUGUUGCGCAUUCAUUCUUUCCGAACGUCGCUCAAGCAGUGGAGUCCCAAAAUCAGUGUACUGAAUAGAAUUUUUAGGUUAAAUAUAUAUACAUUUUUUUUCUCACAUUUUAUCAUGAAAAAAGAUGAAGAAGUUUUUAUACAGCAAGCCAUACGACGUUCAUCAACCUCUUCCUUGACUACCUAACAAAUAGUGCACCUUCCGAUUUUUUCACAAAUGGCUAAGCCAAGGCUGGUUUUUCUGGCAAUUGCGGGACCUAGAAAUGAGCAAUUGUACCUGGAAGUGUUUGAUUCUCUAGAAAAGACAUUAUUAUCAAAAUAUCAAUACUUGAGCGAACUAAGUCUAGAUGUUAUUCAAGAUCUUGUUCAAGAUCCAGAAAGAAGUUCCAAUGAUUGUUUUUUAGGAUUGCUGGGAGUAGAGGAGGAUAUUAGUACGUAUGCUUUUUGUAGCAACACGAAUGUAAAGUUCAUAUUGGCAGUACGUUCGUCCGAUUUCUUAGUACGCGAAUCAGAAAUUCGACAGCUGCUUCGAAGAAUAUAUACUGUUCAUACUCAUGCUGUAUGCAACCCUUUUUCGCUCGAACUGUCUACCGACACUCUUAAGCAAUCCCUUUAUUUUAAUGAGACGUUACAGCAGCUAAGUUUAGACUGGAAUGACCACUAAAUUCUACAUGAAUCAAUUAAAUUUAAGAUACUCUAUUCUUUACUUUUUAUGCUUAUUAUGGCCAAAAUGCGAAAUGCAAUUGGAAUCAACAAGAACCACUUUUUCAUAAAACUAUAUGUACAUCUUUCUCUAUUUCGUGUUUUUUUUAUUAACUUAAUUAUCACAUAACUUUACCUUUUCGAUAAGUAACGGUAGUAAUAAAAACUAACAAAAAGCAUAAUCCAGAAUCCUUACUUAUGUCUAAGCCAUGUCAUAAACCUG